GGGACCAGUUCUGCGGCUCGGUGCGCGCACUGGACUCUCCGGACGCCUCCGGCGCUGCGCAAUUGGGAGGAUCUCUCCACUUUUGGUUUUUUUUGGGGGGGGGGGUUGUUGCCAAACGCAGUGUAACCAACGCGCGCAAACGGACGCGAGACUCCGAGCGCUGAACCCGCUGUCGCCAAACACCUUUGCUGUCAAUGUCGGCACAGUUGUUGAUUAAUUUAAGUGAAUGAACGGAAAGAAGAUGAAGGACCCCAGGAAGAAGACGCUGUACGUGCUGAUGGACGUGCUGUGCGUUGUGGUCGCGGCCCUGCCCUUCAUCAUCAUGACCAUCGUGUUCAAGCCGUAUCAAAGAGGUGUUCACUGUGACGACGAGAGCAUCAUGUACCCUCUAAAGCCAGACACCAUCACCCACGGCAUGUUGGCGGCGGUCACCAUCUCCUGCACCGUCGUCAUCAUCUCCUCGGGAGAAGCUUAUCUGGUCUACAGCAAGAGGAUUCACUCCAAUUCUGACUUUAACCAGUACGUGGCCGCGCUCUACAAGGUAGUGGGCACCUUCCUGUUUGGAGCCUCCGUCAGCCAGUCGCUCACCGACCUGGCCAAGUUCACCAUCGGCCGCCCGAGGCCGAACUUCAUGGCCGUGUGUGCCCCCAAGGUCUGCACGGGGUACAUGCAGGUGAUCAACUGCACUGGAAGGCCCCGCGACGUCACAGAGUCCAGAUUGUCCUUCUACUCCGGCCACUCCUCGUUUGGAAUGUACUGCAUGCUCUUCUUAGCGCUCUACGUGCAGGCCAGACUGGUGGCUAAGUGGGCCAGACUUCUCCGGCCCACCAUCCAGUUCUUCCUGGUGGCCUUUGCGGUGUAUGUGGGUUACACCCGAGUCUCUGAUUACAAGCACCACUGGAGCGACGUGCUGGUGGGGCUGCUGCAGGGAGCGCUCGUUGCCGUUCUCAACGUGCACUUUGUGUCCAACUUCUUUAAGAAACGUCCUCCACGUUGCAAAGCGGCAGACGCGGCGGAUAGCGACGCGCCGGAGAGGAAACCCAGCCUGCAGAUCGCAGACGCCGAACACGGGAACCAUUACAACUAUCACCACAACCAUGGUCCCGUGUGACGGGGGGGGGCCGUAGGGAACCGAGGCUCCAAUCCCCCUUUCUCCAACCACUCCCCGCCCCGCCCCCACCCCACACACACCUCCCACCAUCACAACCACUGGACUGACUGAGGGGGCGAUAUUUGACGCCACCAGGUUGCCUGAGCCCCCUCUCAAAGACACCGCGAUGACCUCCCUUUCUCGUGUAAGAGACAGACGUGUGAGAGAGGAGCGUGUUGUCCAUGAGACGUCCUCGUCGAUGUCUCAGGCGUGUGUGUGUGCCUAAAGCUGCGUUAAGCGAAAGACUCCGAACCCACGGCCGCAAAGCUGUGACGCACUGGCGCCUUAAGCCAGAGGCCGACACAGAGGACCGCGGGCAUCCCAACGAGAGCCCCCCCCCCCUCGCCCACCGACAAAAGUACGACUUGAUAUUCACUAGCCCGGGUGCCUUCAUGCCCCCUGCAGGUAGAAGUGUGUUCUCUUGGGCGUCAUACAUGCUCCACUUUCUGUACUCGUCACCAUCAUUUGACCCGCACCGUUUCGUGGUUGGUUCACUACCUAAACCGCCAGCGGUGUGGGACGGGGGGGUCGGGCUUCAUAGUACUAACAACUGUUUGACUUACCCGAUCGAUUUGAUCUGGGUAUCACAUAAAACGCUUAAUGUAGCUAUGACCGCUUUUUGUGUAAUUUUAAUGUCUGUAUGUAGAGAACCAAAUGUGUUUUCAGCGAUGAAAGAAAAAGAGAGGGAGAAAGGCCAGAAUGCCGAUGAUGAUGAUGAUGAUGAUGAUGAUUUGCUUCAUCCGAGUGCCGCUAUUCUUAGUUCAGUCUCGUUGAGUCGUCUCAUCAAUUGGUCUGGAUCCAAAUGGAGUGAAGGAUAUGGAGACUUAAGCUUUAGAGGCUGAUCUUGUGUCCAGACUGGGUCGGAUUAACCUUCAACAAUGGUGACGCUUUUUGGAAAAAUGUUUGAAUUGAAUUGUUUAGUUAGUGAAGGAUUUUUGUGUCCCCUGUGUGAGAUGGACUGCAGGGUUUAGAAACCAUUGAUAGCUUUCCUUACUGUUGGACUUAAUGUGCCAUACCACUACUAUACUGCCAAUCAAAUAUCACGCUACUUGCCAUCUAUCCGGUCUUCUUUUCUCUCUUUUCAUUGUGUUUUUUUGUUUUUUUACUUCCCAAAUACUAUCAAUCAAAGGAGGACGAGGCGGCCAUUUUGAAAAUGGUGUUUUAAUUUAUUUUAAAAAACAAGACUAGUUUUUUAUUUACUCUUUUAUAAAGUCGGAAACGUCAGCGCUGUCGAGGUUUUUGUGCAAUCAACCCCGCUUGCCACUAUGAGCCGCAAAUGCUGUAUAUAUACUAAUGCUGUGAGACAUGUUUCAUGUUGUGCGAAGGAUGCUUGUGUGUUUUUGUUUUCACUUGGACGUUACAUCUUAUUUCACCCUGUACACUGUUGCUUUGGCCAUCGGGUUCUCAGACGGGCGGCUGUGGGAGUUGCCACACAAACGGAUCCAGCUCCAAACAUAUUCCCACUUCCCCCCCCAAGAUUCAUCUGCGUUCCUCUUACCCUUCCCCGUGUUGAUAGACGGGGUUCAUUUGUGAAAAAGGUCUCCUGUGCAGAAUACGGACCCCUGGAGGACCAGAUCAGACCACAAACCUGAACUGGGGGGGGGGGGGGGGGGACACACACGUUAAGACCGACAGACAGACAGACAGAAUAUCACCUGGUAGUGAUUGUGAGGCCCCAAAGCUGAGCGGGGACCAGAGAAAGGCGGGGUACUUCAGGGGGGCGGGGUGUGGGGUAUCCCAUGGUGAACCCUUUGCCCCUGGGGACCUCUGCACGUUUAAAACACACAUCUGCAAUGAGAAACAGCUGGAUCCGUGCGAGCCCUCCCCCUGCAUCUAAAUCACCUGUGUAUUAUUCCAAAAGAGGACGAGGAAGUAGACUCUGGUCGGCCAAUCUCCUGUUUAUAUGUCCAACGUGGGUGUGAUUAAAGGUGUUUGCCUUUUAUUAUACAUAAAUUAUCUACAGGCUUCAAAACAGAGAAUUGUAAAUAAAUAUAUAAUCACUCAGGUA